AUGCUUGAAGUUAGCUCCUACACGUGUGACAUGCUUGAAGUUAGCUCCUACACGUGUGACAUGCUUGAAGUUAGCUCCUACACGUGUGACAUGCUUGAAGUUAGCUCCUAUACGUGUGCCAUGCUUGAAGUUAGCUUCUACACGUGUGACAUGCUUGAAGUUAGCUCCUAUACGUGUGCCAUGCUUGAAGUUAGCUUCUACACGUGUGACAUGCUUGAAGUUAGCUCCUAUACGUGUGCCAUGCUUGAAGUUAGCUUCUACACGUGUGACAUGCUUGAAGUUAGCUCCUAUACGUGUGCCAUGCUUGAAGUUAGCUUCUACACGUGUGACAUGCUUGAAGUUAGCUCCUAUACGUGUGCCAUGCUUGAAGUUAGCUCCUACACGUGUGACAUGCUUGAAGUUAGCUCCUAUACGUGUGCCAUGCUUGAAGUUAGCUUCUACACGUGUGACAUGCUUGGAGUUAGCUCCUACACGUGUGACAUGCUUGAAGUUAGCUCCUACACGUGUGCCAUGCUUGAAGUUAGCUUCUACACGUGUGACAUGCUUGAAGUUAGCUCCUACACGUGUGACAUGCUUGAAGUUAGCUCCUACACGUGUGCCAUGCUUGAAGUUAGCUUCUACACGUGUGAUAUGCUUGAAGUUAGCUCCUACACGUGUGACAUGCUUGAAGUUAGCUCCUAUACGUGUGCCAUGCUUGAAGUUAGCUUCUACACGUGUGACAUGCUUGAAGUUAGCUCCUAUACGUGUGCCAUGCUUGAAGUUAGCUUCUACACGUGUGACAUGCUUGAAGUUAGCUCCUAUACGUGUGCCAUGCUUGAAGUUAGCUUCUACACGUGUGACAUGUUGAAGUUAGCUCCUAUACUUAGCUUCUACGCGUGUGACGUGCUUGGAGUUAGCUCCUACACGUGUGACAUGCUUGAAGUUAGCUCCUACACGUGUGACAUGCUUGAAGUUAGCUCCUACACGUGUGCCAUGCUUGAAGUUAGCUUCUACACGUGUGACAUGCUUGGAGUUAGCUCCUACACGUGUGACAAGCUUGGUGUAAGCCCCUACGUGUAUGCAGUGAACAAGAAAAUGAAGGCAGCAAAACCUGCCCGAAAACCUGAGUGGAUCAUUCCGGUUGACCAAGUGCCAGGGGAGAACUUCCACAAUGAAUGA